AUGAAGAUUCCUCUAAGCACUACCCCUAGAAACCGACUUGUUGAGGCAGCUGGUGGGGAAGAAAAUGCAGCAGCUGUUGAAAAUGGAAAUGACCAUGACGACGACAAGAAUCGCCCUCCACCUCCAAGCGCAAUGGACGAACCCACUGGCGCGCAAUGGAUGACUCUGUUUGAAUCCAUCUCUCCCUGCAUCCAGCAUGCUGUGGAAGAAUUCUUGAAAUCACUUUACCACCAGGGAGAAAGCAUUCCAGAAAUCAACGCAAGGGCACGAAAACUCGGAACCAUGGUAUUCACUUUGUUCCAACACUUGCCUUGCGCCAUUCCAAUCCUCAACAGUCCGCAAAAGCAGCGUCUUUUGCAUUUGAUAGAUCAAGCAAACAAUGCAACAAUGGAUGCCUAUGCGGGAUUCGAAAACUGUUUCUUCCUUCCACAAGACCAGCAACAAGACCAGCAACAACAACAACAAGACCUCGAUCAUGCCAGACGACUUGGAGCAGUCCAAGAUUUUGAGAGCCACCUAUACCGGAGCCGAUCUGACAUGGAUCUAAUGUUCGGUCAAUGUCAUCCAGAGACUGUUGGCUCGGCGGCACCUUCCGGAUCUCGUGUCUCUCCCCCACCAAGUCCGAAUACUAUACCUGCGCGCUAUUUGCUCCCUUUUCUUCUCCAACGCCUGAGCUCAUUCGGUGGUACGUUGGCCCACGGAUCGAUCUUCAAUGCUGUGACAGCUUUGGUGCCAUUGGAAUCGAUUGGCACUAUUGACAUGUUCAUCAAAUGCUGCCUUCUCCAACCUCUCUCCGGUCUCGCUCAUAUAUCGAACGCUGAACUAUUCGUUACCACCAGUAAUGAACCAUACCCAUACUACCCAGGAUAUCAACUGCCGGUGUAUUCUUGGGACGAUAUUUCGGAUCGCCAGAAAGCAAUCUUGUUGCUGGCGGACGUUGGUUGGCACUGUCUGGAACUUUGCCAAGCGAUCCUUAAUGCCGGAUUCUUGGAACAUUUAUUCGACUUGCUUCGAAAGGCGGGAGACCCAGAGUGGAUGGAGAGGAUCAUCUGCCAUGAAUCAUGCUUGCCAUUUCUCCUACACCUUGCAGCUAGCCAUCAAAGCAAACUCUCUCUGCUAGCGGUCACGGCCCUGGAAAAUACCUACUACCGUUGCAACAGCAACCAAAAGAGACGAAUGUCAGAGCGCGGCUGUGGUAUUUACAUGACUGCCGUUUCGAAUACAGUGCAAUCCGUCCAUGGGUCUCGCUACACCUUUCGUCUGGCUUACUGUCCAGCAAUGAGGCCACGAUUUUCGACCGAAGGAGUAGGAGAAAUAGCAACUCGGUUUUCGGAAAUCUUUUGGAUUGUUGUUGGCGGCAUCUAG